UUUGCGAGGGUUGCCAUAAGAAGAACUACAGAGUGGGUGGUUUAAACAACAGAAAUUUAAUUUCUCACAAUUCUGAAGACUAGAAGUCUGAGAUUGAGUUUUCAGCAGGGUUGCUUUCUUUUGAUUCCUUUCUUCUUGACUUUGAGUAGGUGGCUGUUUUCUCACUGAGACUUCAUAUGGUUCUCCCUCCGAAACUGUGUCUAAAUUUCCUCUUAUUAUAAGGACACUAGUUCUAUUGAAUUAAGGGCCAUCCUAAUUUCCUUAUUUGAACUUUGUCACCUCUUUACUGUAUGUCCAAGUACAGUCACAUUCUGAGAUACUGGGGGUUACAAAUUCAAUCUAUAAAUGUUCAGGGGACACAAUUUAACAGCCUAUAAUAGGUAAGGAUGUACGCUUGGGUCAAAGUGAGGUUUCUAAGUAAGAGUCCUGAAAAAAAUGUGGAGCUUAUGAGAGAUAUCAAAAACAAGAAAUUCUGGAGUCAUAAUAAUUAUGGAGAAUAGAAGGCCAAUACAAGUUGAUAAAUAAUCUUGAAUAAAUAAGACCUUGAAAGAAUAGAUUCUUCUGUAUGAAAGGAAAUAUAGAGAAAAGAUCAAAUGAUGACAAAAUUUGGGUUUAUCUUUAUACUUGGGAUAAAAAAAAUUAAUCAAUGAGGAAAACCAGGAUAGUUCGACAUCAAAUAGGGAAAAAAGGAGAGAGAUCACGCAUUGGACAAUUGAUCUUUGGAAGCUAGUGGUAAUGAAGACAGAGGGAGACCAUUACAUUUCAGUCAGAAAGUUGCUGGUAUACCUUAAAAGAGAGAUAUGGGAAGUUGAGGGUGGAUAAAUUAUUCAAACAGAUUCAAAGAAGAAUGAAUAGAAUAAAUACCUUUUAUAAAUUAGAGAAAUAAUGCAGUUGUCACAAAGGAGGGAAAUAAUCUGAAUAGAAACAGCAUUUUGUCCCAAGAUAAGAAGAAAUGUGCAUGUUUAAUUGCAGAAGAGAUAGAGAGUAAAACAAAUCAUUCUGAAAGGAGAAUAAAUUAAUAGGGCAAUAUCCUAUAAUGUGUGCAGUUUAAAUUGUAUUCUACAGGGCACUGCAGCUCUGCCCUUCCAACUACCCCAUUCAGUUGUACCAGAGCAGUUGUAUAACUAUAUUAAGCAUUUGUUUAUUAAUAUAGUUAGUUUUUAUGAAUUACUUCAUUUGACCAAAGCCUUCUGGUACAAAAUCCCUUCAAGAUCUCCUGACCAAGAAGAUGUAGAAAAGAAGGAAGCAAAGGAGAUAGAAUGGACCAUCUUUUAAAAGAAGGUAAAAUAACUUAUGAUUAUUUCUAUAGCUUUUCUUCUCCAAAUAUUCUCCGAAUUAUGAUUAAGAAUAUACAUACAAAGAGAGAGAGAGUUAUCAGAGAAAGUAAGAGGGUUGAAAGAAUUCACCAGUAAUGGCUUUGUCUUUAUUAUAAAAAAUAUGCCAUUCAAAUCAUAUGCCAAGAAUCCAAUAAACUGGGAGCUUGAGAAAAAAAAAUUUUGGAACAGUGUGGGAAGAUAAGAUUUAAAUAUGGGAAAGAAUGUCGUCUUAAUUAUUUGUGAUUCCUUGAAUGCCUUGUCUAAUUCUAUGAUUGCCUAAACACAAUGGUUUUAAAAUAUGGUCCCCUGACCAGCAGCACCACCAUUGCCUGACAAUUUGUUAGAAAUGAACAUUCUUGGGCCCUACCUCAGAACUAUAGAUUAGGAACAAACUCUCAUUAUGAGGACCAGCAAUCUGAGUUUUAACAAGUCCUCCUGGUGAUUUUGAUGCAUGUUAAUAUUUGAGAAUCUCACAUCCAAAAUAUUGACUGUGUUUUCUGAUUUUUUUUUUCCACACGACAACUUAAGUUGUAAGUAACUGUGGAAUUUGGACCAUAUCCUUCUUCCUUGUCUCCCUUUAUAUCCCCAUUACAGGACUCUAUCCAGAGGCUGACUUCUUAUAAGUGUAUUUCUUUAACCAAUAGUCGAUGCCUCCUGGAAGCCUUGAGUGCGCUGGAAACUGAAACUCUCACUUCCAGCUUGGAGAUGGAGAGCCCCAAUCGAACCAUUGCUCAGGAGUUUAUCUUCUCUGCUUUCCCCUAUUCCUGGAUUAAGUCCGUUGUCUGCUUUGUUCCAUUGCUCUUCAUCUAUGCUUUCAUUGUUGUUGGAAACCUGAUCAUCCUCACAGUGGUCCAUCUGAAUAUUCACCUGCACACUCCCAUGUAUGUUUUUAUCAGUGCUCUUUCUUUCCUGGAGAUUUGGUAUACCACAGCCACAAUCCCAAAGAUGCUCUCUAGCCUGCUUAGUGAGAGAAGGAGCAUUUCCUUCAAUGGUUGUCUCUUGCAGAUGUAUUUCUUCCAUUCUACCGGCAUCAGUGAGGUGUGUCUCUUGACAGCUAUGGCCUUUGACCGCUACCUGGCUAUCUGCAGCCCUCUUCAUUAUCCCACUAUCAUGACCCCCAAGCUAUGUGCCCAACUGACUUUAAGUUGCUGUGUUUGUGGCUUUACCACACCCCUUCCUGAGAUUGUCUGGAUCUCUACACUGCCAUUUUGUGGUUCGAAUCACCUUGAGCAUAUCUUCUGUGACUUCCUCCCAGUGCUGCGCCUGGCCUGCACAGACACACGAGCCAUCGUCAUGAUUCAGGUAGUGGAUGUCAUCCAUGCAGUGGAAAUUAUUACAGCUGUGAUGCUCAUCUUCAUGUCCUACAUUGGUAUCAUGGCUGUAAUUUUACGGAUUCGUUCAGCUGGAGGCCGCCGCAAAGCAUUUUCCACGUGUGUCUCUCACCUCAUUGUCUUUUUGCUCUUCUUUGGCAGUGUGGCUCUCAUGUACCUGCGCUUCUCUGCCACCUACUCCUUGUUCUGGGAUACAGCCAUUGCCCUGGCCUUUGCAGUUUUGUCUCCCUUCUUCAACCCCAUUAUCUAUAGCCUGAGGAAUAAAGAAAUAAAAGACGCUCUAAAAAAGCACAUAGGUCAAGCUAAGACUUUUUUUUUUUGGUAAGACCAGGGACCUCAGGUAAGAUAUCUUAGCUGAGAUUCUGUAUAGUUGCUGGAUCCUCUUCACCUUCAGCUAUCAACCGUCUGUCUUUUUCUGUCAGCCUUUUAUUGAAACUGGUUUCCCAACGCUCACCAAAAAAAAUUUUCGCUAAUAGCUAAAGUCAAUAGCUUCUCUUUAAUCUUUAUUCAACUAGACAUAUUUUUCAAUCUGACUUUAUUAAACUUUCUGCCACUCAAGUUAUUUAAAGUGAAUUGAUUUUGUUGAAAUGUUCUGCAUAAACAUUCACUUUAAUUUUAAAGCAAUCAAAAUAUUUGUCUGUAAGACAUGAUAAUUUUAAAAGUAUCCUUUAAAAAGACUAGGUUUUAUCCGUGGUGCCUCCAGCUUCUACAGUUGAAGAAUGACUCAAAUUUUUAAAUUGAUUAUCCAAGUAUUAAUCAGUAAGCAAUUUAAUUAAGUUACUUAUUAAAUAAUCAGUUUUUCAUGAUAAAUAAAAAGCCCAGAUGUUGCAUUCACUGUGAUCAAAUGCAUUGUACAUAUUAAUAAACAUAAAAAUUAUUUGUUGAAUGAAUAAACCAACAUACCACCAUGCUGCAUUCUGAUUUUCUAGACAAUCGAUCAAUUGUAUUAGGCAAUGGCUCUUUCAAGUGCUCUCCUUUGGCUUUUAGGAUUAUGAACUCUUUUUUAUCCUACCUCAUCGAUGCUUCUUUCUCUUGCUGAGUCUUCAUAUCAUACCUGCUUCAUAAAAAGUGAUUUUUUUCUCCAGGGCUCACGAUUCAGUCAGAAUAGGAUAAAGCUUAUUACUGAGCAAAUGUUAAUAAAUUUUCACCCUUCUCUAGCCUGCCAAGACAAAUCCUAUAGCUGUCAGUGUGAAUUCCCCCGCUUUGUGCCGCAGCACUUUCAUUACUUUUAACCCUAAAUCUCAUGAUAUUUUAAAAUCAAACAGAAAGGCAAAAGUUAAGGAGAGAUCAUAUAAAAAGGGUUAAUGCUAUCAAAUAAAAGUCUGGGAUACAGAAGAGAAGAAUAAUCAGAGAAAAGCUGUUGAUCGUGGGUGCAGGGGUUUGGGUAAAAGAAAGGCUUCAGAGGAUACUUCUUAGUUUAAGAACAGGAGGACGAGGGAAAAAGAAAUGCAAGAAGUAUCACUGAGUUUAAGCCGCAUAUUUUUAAUGUUCUUCAAAUGACAUGAAAAAUGUCAUUAUUUUUCUAAUUGAUUGACUAAUUUAUGCUAUUGUAAGUGCAAUAUUGUUACAGAGCUGAUACACAUAAAGCUCCGUUAUGUGAAAGGGUCACACCAUUUUUUCUGUCCUCUCUACUUUUAAGUUUUGUAAUAAAUAAUAGUUUCCUAAAUAUUAUCAAUAUCCCUAAAAAUUAAUAUAGCUAACACUACCUGUCUUACAGCCAUACUUUCUCAACUUCAAGCUUCUUUCUCCACUGCAAACUGAGCUAUUCUUACAACUUAAAUCUGGUUGCUUUAUUACCCUGCCUUAAAUCCUUCUGUGAUUAAACAUACCUUCAUUUUAAAUUAUAAACAUUAAAGUAAUUUUACUAGUUCUGUGUGUGUGCGUUCAUGCAUGUAAUAAAAAAAAUCCAAGCUGAGGGAAAAACAAGAGAAAAUAAAAUGGAAAAAAAAAAGUUCAUUGUGUGUUGAUGAUGUUCCUCUUACCUUGUAAAUUUGCUCUUAGUGAAUACAUGGGAUUAAGGAAACACGUGCCUUCUGGCUUGCAGAGGACAGAAGCUGCUAACUUAUUCCCUGAUAACUUUAAAUAUACUUAUUUUACCUAAAAUUGCACUGCACUUACUAAUCAAAUUUUUACAACUGAUGUUCUCUGCAAAGUGGCACCUCCUGGCAGGAGGCCAACUAGCACAAACUAGAGGAUUAAACCACCAAAGGUAAGAACCCUCAUGGAGUCCGUUUCACCCAGUUGUCACCUCUACCAGAGGUGCAUCUCAUGAUGUGGCUGGCUAUGACAAAUGCAGCAAUUUAUGUAUUUGGAAUAUUGGCUUUUAAAAUGGUGACUCUUUAUUCUAGCAUAUUAUACAGUACAUGGAACAUAGUAAGCACUUGCUAAAUAUUUGAAUAAGCAAACAAAAAUGUAAUAAAUUGCAUAUCCAAUUAGUUUUCUAAACUAGAGCCUCUUUUAUUCUUUUUUGCCUCACAGCUGAGAAGAUGAUAAAUAAGAAUCAGACAGCAGUGAUUGAAUGUGUAUUCACUGGCUUUCCUUGCUUGCAGGAGGGUGGGCUUUUGUUUUUUAUCCUCCUGCUCAUUUACCUGAAUCUAACAUGUGUGGACACUGGCACAGUUGUAUUAAUCAAGCUUGUGGACAUUGUACAUGCUGUGGAGAUCAUACAGCUAUAAUGCUGGUGACUUUGGCUUAUGUCCAGAUUAUUGCAGCAAUCCUAAGAAACUGCUCUGCUGAUGGAUGCCAAAAGGCAUUUUCUACCUGUGCUUCCCAUGUUGCUGUUUUCUUAAUCUUUUCUGGAAGUGUAGCCCUGAGGUACCUGCUCUUCUCUGCCAAGUACUCCUUUUUUCUGGGACACAAACAUCAGCCUAAUGUUUGCAGUGCUGUCACCAUUCUUCAAUACAAUUAGCUGUAGUCUGAAGAAUAAAGAGAUAAAGGAAGCAAUAAAAAAGCACAUGCUCCAAUCAAUGAUAUUCACACGUCAUGUCAGAUAAGACCAAAUACACACCUCUUCAUUAGCAAAGAAUAUUUACUGAAAUACUUACAUUAACCUUUUCAGUGUGUUUGUUGCUGCUGUGCUUCCUUUUUUGGUGUAGAGGUAGUAAAUGAUGUUUAGUCAUUCUUAUUAUCUCUGUGGACUUAGUCAAUGUCCUCAGAGGUU